AUGUCGCCAGAACCGAAGCGAAAGCCCAAAACACAGCGGCUGGCCGGUGAAGACGAACCUGCGAUCCUUUCAUCUCCUUCGGAGAGAAGGACCGGUCAACAAGCCAACCCCCUCAAACCGCUCACGCCGAAGAGAAUAUCACCUACCGUAACAGUAUUACAGGAUGCAGCGAUCGACAUUGCUUCUCCGGAAGUCGAGUCACCAUCUGUUUCUGUAGCCAAGCGACGGGCCUCAGCUCCGCCCAAGCCGUCCACUCCAAGCAGUCGGCCAAAACCUCGGUUACACUUUGCUCGUCCAGCGGCUGAGACCCGCUCGGCAAACAACCCCUUUCCUUUACGAAUACCUCAACUCUUUCGCACGACCGACGUCGCCAUCGAAAACUUGAUCAGGCGGUCCGCUGUAGCCAGCAAACCGGGAAGCAGCGCCUUCGUCUACGUCCUGACUGCCGUUCAUGAAGGGGAGCAGAUCGUUAAGAUCGGGCACACGACUAAGUUUGUCGAGAGGCGGGUGCGGCAGAUUGAGCACCAAUGCCGCUGCAUCCGCUUUGACCGCGUCAGCAUCGACAUGCCCCAUCCGCAGAUUGAGCGGUAUUACACGACUGUGGAGAAGCUCGCCCACGCCGAGUUGCAGCACCUGCAGUACACUUUUAACUGCUGCUGCGGGCAGCGGCACAAAGAGUAUUUCAAGGUCGAUCGCGAUAUUGCAUGCCAUGUUGUUAAGCGCUGGGUCCGGUUCUGUAAGGCGGGGCCGUGGCGGUCAACAUUGGGCGAGAAGCUAGAGGUGAAACACCACUGGGACGACCGUCUGAUGGGGUGGAGGAAGGGACUUGACGAUCCGCCGAAGGAUCUUGCUGCGCUCCUGGGACGGUGGGAUCGCUUUGUGUACGUGCAUUGGCUGGAAUGGGUGUGGUACGACGUGCGUGUUGGGUCGGGAUGGCUGGUGCGAUUUUGGAGGGAAGCGCUGGCGAUUCUGGCAUGCAUGUUGUUCAAGUUUCGUUUUGGAGAUCGCGGUUGGCUGGCGGGAUUGGCAGAGGUGAUCAUUCUGAUGGUCCUAGCGAAGCUGUUAGGCUUUCGGAGCGUGGUAGCCAACGGUUUGCUGGAGUCGUUGUGGGAGAUGGUGUGGUCUGUCACGCCGAUGGUUCUACCAGCUCCGUCAUCACACUACAGCUGGGAGGUUGUUGGCUCAGGUAUUUCGGCCGAGUGUGCUGACAAAGACGAAGACGAUGUCGACGAGGACGAUAUAGAUGGCCGCGCUGAUGCGACUGUCGAGGACGAUACAGAUGAUAAAGGCAUUGGGGGUGGUGGCAAUGACAGGAACCAGGCUCAAGACAAUGUUGAAGAUGGGGCAAGGGACGCUGAGGAAUGGUAUCAGGAUGUGGCCAGUGGGGUUCAACAGCUCAAGAACAAAGGGACCAAGGAAGGGAAUGGCGACAAUGUUCAUGGUGACAAGAAGGACGAAGAAGUGAAAGGUGCUGGUAACGGCGAGGCGGUAGACGUGGAGUUGACUCAAUUAAGCCUCGUCCCAUCAUGA